AUGUCGACUGGAACAGUGUCAACGGGUGCCGCGGGUACGAUUGCUCGUUUGAAUGUGUUUGCAAGUACGAAGCGCGCGAAGCAGUGUCCAACAUGCAAGGACAGGAGUGUUAUCGUGUAUGAUACGCAUAGUGGUGACGAGAUUUGUUCGUUGUGUGGGCAAAUUAUAGAGUCUCGUACGAUGAGUGAGGAGCAGGAGUGGCGUUCCUUUUCGAAUGAUGGUGGUGGAGGAGUAGAAAAAAGUCGUGUUGGUGGUCCGAAUGACACAUGGCUUGAGGAUAGUGUGAGUGGUACGACGAUGAUGGGUGGUGAUAAAAAGUUUGGACGGCUUGCACACGCCCACGAUCUAGCUACGGGUACUAAUUCGGGCGACCGACAACUUAAGAGUGCCUUUAGUAACCUGCGCUUCAUCGGCGACCAUUUCGGCUUUCGCAAUAAUUUACUUGAACGAUGCCGUGAAAUUAUUAAAGACCUACAGACAACUGGCAACCUCAAAUCCCGCACAGGGGUAACCAAUAUGCUCGCCGUCGUCUAUCUCGCAGCACGAGAUGAUGCUGAUCCACUCUCCCUCAAACAACUUACCAGUUUCGAUCGAGCCAUUACAGAAAAAGAUAUUGGUAAGGCUGUUAACAAAAUCAAAAAACUUCUACCUCAAAAUCGCACUGCAGGUGCCACCACAUUCGCCAGCAAAGAACUCGCCUUGCGGUUCGCGGCUUCGCUCAUGCUCGCGGACUGUGUGCGCGACCUGGCAGCGCAUAUGUGUGUGCAGUCGGAGAUGACCAAGGUGAUCCCAGUGAGUUCGCGUCCGCACAUUCUGGCGGGCGCGGCGAUCUUCCUGGCAUGUCAGUUAUACGUGACACAGAUCGCGGCGACGGACUUGGCUGUGACGGCGCAGUGCGGGUUGCAGAGUCUGGUCGAAUACUACGGACACCUGCUCAACGCCGUCAAAACCAUCCUGCCCAAGGGCUUCGUCCCGCGAAACGUUGGCGGCAUCAACGCCCUGGUGCGUCCCGAACAUGUCCUCAAGCGCGCAAGCGCCAAACCCGCCGCCGGUUGA